CAGCGUACUGCUCCAUGUUCAGGCUCGGAACUACAAGCUGACAGUCUAGUCUGCGCUUCAUGAAUUGAUGUAACUAGUUUAGGCGGAUCAUAGUGUCACCAAACCAGGGACAGAAAACACAGCUCGUAAAGAUGCAUUGGUUUGAGGGCUCAAUUCCGGAUGCCAUUAACUUAGCUAAACAGCGGAGCUCGGUCUUUGUCGUUGUCAUUACAGGGGAAGAUGAACAGUCAGCACAGCUGAUCUCCAGCUGGGAGGAUGACACAGUGUCAGAGGAAGCAAAGAACUGUUGUGUGGCUAUCAAAGUCGAUGCCAAGAGCGAGCCAUGUGUGCAGUUCUCUCAGAUCUAUCCAGUGGUGUGCAUACCCUCUAGCUUCUUUAUCGGGGAGAAUGGGAUCCCCCUGGAGGUCAUCGCUGGGAGUGUGUCUGCUGAAGAGCUGAUGAAAAGAAUCAACCGAGUUAAGCAGAUGCAUGCUCAGCAGAUUGGAGGGGGGACAGUGUUACCACAGGCAAGCGGUCCCGUGGAGACUGGCCCACUUGAUAGCACAGAUCCAGCUCCAGUCCCAGCCCAAGCAAUGCCCGUCAGGUCAGCCACAGAACCUGCAGCAGUGCCACAAACAGCAAAAGCGUCCGUCUCCAGCCCAGUAGAUGAUAGCAACCUUCCAGCCACAGUGACUCCUGCAGAGGAUGCAUCUUCAGAUCAGAGUGAAGACAACCUGGAUGCUAAGGUGGAAAGAUUAACCAAGAAACUGGAGGAGAGGCGAGAACAAAAGAAGAAAGGAGAGGAAGAGAAGGAGAUCCAGAAAGAAGUAGAGCGGCGGAAGAUGGGGAAGGAUGUGCAGGACUUGAAGAAGAAACAGGAAGAUGAUAGGACCAAGCGGCUCCUGGAUGAAAGGAACAGGGAGAAGGCUGAGGAGAAGGCUGCCAGGGAACGGGUCAAACAGCAGAUUGCCUUGGAUCGAGCCGACAGAGCAGCUCGCUAUGCCCAAACCCAGGAGGAGGAGAAGACGGCCAAGCAGGCCGUUCUGCAGGCCAGACAGGCAGAGCAGGAUGCCAGGACGGAGGCAGUGGUCAGGGAGAGGAGAACCAUAGCGAGGAUACAGUUCCGCCUCCCAGACGGCUCCUCCUUCACCAGCCAGUUCCCCUCACAGAGCAGACUGCAGGAGGCUCACCAGUUUGCUGUUCAGGAAGUGGGAAACCGCUACGGGAACUUCACCCUUGCGACCAUGUUCCCUCGGCGGGAGUUCACCAGCGGAGACCUGGACAAGAGUCUGCUGGAGCUGGAACUGGCUCCCAGUGCUUCCAUCGUGCUUCUGCCACAGUCAAGCAGGCCCGCUAACUCAGUGGUCCAGUCCUCUGAUGGUGGUAUCUGGGCCGUUCUGGGCACACUCCUCUACCCUCUGCUGGCUGUGUGGAGAUUCCUCAGCUCCUUCCUGUUUGCUACCCCGCCCCCUCCCGGAGCAGCAUCCAGAGGCCCCGGCCAGCCGUCCGGCUCCUUCACCAACUCAGCAUCAGCCUCCGACAAAGCAAAGAGAGAAACUGUCUCUAAGCAGACUUUGGAGAAGCGGCCAAAGGACUUCAAGAAGGACGGGAAAAUUUGCCGGCUCCGGACUCAGGAGGACAGCGAGGACGAAAACAACACCUGGAACGGGAACUCCACCCAGCAGAUGUAGCGCAGAAAACAGCAGUGUGAUUAGUUCAGUGUGAUAAAUUCAAGGUUUCUGUUCGCUCCUCUUACUGUCUCUAGGCCAAACCCCUGCACCUCGCCUGCAUGGGUACAUCAAUAAUAAUCAACAGAAGCUCCUGUGGGCUUAAACUGAGUGUGUUUGUGUUGAUUAUGACACGAUUGUGUCUCUUUACCCGGCUCAGGCUACACCAGCUCAUAGUCGAUCACACCCGUUGAGAUUAAUGAGCAUAUGAACUGUAAGCAGUUGACCUUACCUGAAGAUGUUGUAAUCUGAGCCUGGCUUCAUAUUAUGUUAUGAGCCACUGUGUUUUGGAAACGUUUAACUUUUGAAAAGUGAUUGGCUGAUUGCCAGUGACUCAUGCAGAUUAUUACCUAACAGUGGGAUGAAGACAUUUUGUUUUAGAUGUAUGAAAUAUUUCAUUAAACAGCUUGGACUAUGCAUCUGUUGCUGUUGGAGUUCUACCAAGCCACCACGGCAUACACACACACACACACACACACACACACACACACACACACACACACACACACACACACACACACACACACACACACACACACACACACACACACGUUGGCAUUAUGUGUCUCUAUUGGUAAACAAUGGGUGUAGUUCUCCUCAUCCAACAAUGAAAAUUAAAGCAGCCUGUUUUUCCAA